GCGACGCCUCAUAACUUCCUUCCCACUCCGUUUUCCAUUUUCAAGCUCUACUCUUAUCUCUCUCUCUCUCCCCUAAAUUCUCUCUUCCUCCCUCCCAUCUCUGUUUCACCAUUCUCUCUCUUCCUCGUUCGAUUCUAUCGGAAUCUUUUCUGAAUUUGGCACUCUUUUCUUUUGCUCAUUCGAUAAUCCAUCCCUCUGCGACAUUCCCAAUCCGGGACUGUCGGUACCCGGCCGUCGGAGGCCUCUUCUCCUCAUCUCUCCGGCCGGAAGUCUCUAUGAGCUUUUCGUCUUAUACUACCUGGGAUUGGGAUGUUGUCGACAUAUUUGAUUUGAAAUUUCAUGCGAAGUGAACGAAAAGGAGCGAUCGAGAAAUCACGAAUACUUGGGAUCUUGAGAGAUUUGAUGUUAUGAGGGGUUAGGCGAUGGAAUAGUGAAUGGGAGAUUGUUGAAAUGAAGCGCAUGGAUUAUAUCUUGGAAUGCGAUCUCCGUAUUUCAGAGUUUCAAGAGGUCGUGGAAUGGGGCAAAAGCCGCGCCGUUCUUUUCGAGGUUGCGAGAUAUUGUUUAGUUCGCGGCGGCGAUGAAUAAUUCGCAAGUACUGGUUGAGUUUCAGUAAUUGAAAUCUAACGAUUUCGGGUUAUCGCUUAACUUCUGUUCGUCAUGGAUAGAACAUAGGCUGGGGAUUAAAUCCGGAUGGCCGAAGAAACUUGUAGUCCCCAUCUUCCAUUUCUCUGAUAAACACAAUGCAUUGAUUGCUCGCUGACAGGAGAGCUAGCGAAGUAAUCCAUUUCUGAUUCAAUACUCUCUUACAGCGUGAUAGAACCUAGAACCAGAUUUAAUCGAAUCAUAAAGGGUUUGGAUAUCUUGAUUUGUUUAUCGCAUUUCAUGUUCUUGUUGCAUUUUACAGGCGGUGAUUUUCAGACUUGAUCUGAUUCGAAAAUUGAAGAGUGGUGCCUGAAAACAUAUGGAAUCUGGGCGAAAGAUUGAGGCCGGUGAAUCAAAUACACAUCCUAGCAAAACUUUAAGCUCCGCCUUAUCCUCGGCAUCUAAUUCCUCCUCCGACAGCUCCUUCGAAUUGGUUGUAAAUGAGCCCGGCCUAUACGUUGGUGGUACGACGAGUGACUCUUUGAAAAAAGAGUUGCAUGCUGCAGGACACCCGGAUUCUGAUUUUGCGUUUAUCAAUGGCAAUGAAUCUUCCCUUCGUGAUGGUGUGAUUGAAUUCCCAAAGCCUGCAAAGGACAAAGAUAUCAAGGCUGUGGUGAAGAACAGCAGGUCAGGCAGCGAGGAAACAACUCAAUAUCCUCAAACUCAAGUGAUGGAGCGAGCUGAUAAUCCUAAUUCACCUGGAUAUAGAAUCCCAUCUCAUGUCUUUUCUAGAACUAAAUCUACAACGCCUACAGAAUGGAGUGGUGCUUCAAAUGAAUCAUUGUUCAGUAUUCAGAUGGGAACCAUGAGUUUUACCAGAGAACAAUUGUGUUGGAUAGGAAAAUCAGGCGAGCUAUAUAGGUCUGGUGAAUUAGCCAUGAGCGUAUCCCAGGCUUUGAAUAUGAAACAUUCUGAAUGUGGGUUGAAGGGCACCCAUCAAGAUGGUGAUAUGGCAGUCACUGAAGCACGAUGUGCCCAAACAAUGAGGGAGGUUAUAAGGGAAAAUUCAGAAACCAACCGCAUGGGAAGUUCUACUCUAACAGAGUCGUCAUCUCAGUCAGCCAGCGUUUCUCAUCAGUCAGAAAGCAGCACACAAUCUUUCCAGUUUCCCAUAUUGUCAGGAGAUGGAGCAAAAAGCAUUUCUUUUAAGGGAGCAGAACCCGAGAAGGAGAAGUCGAAUCACGAGACGAAUAAUGAAUUGCAACAUUCAGCUUCAUCAAAUCCACAGAUCCCCAAGGAAUCGAGCUCAGACGAAUCUCCAAAAGCAGAUUCAAAUGUGGCUCCUCCAAAGAGAUGGCUUUCUUGCUUAUCUUGCUGCUCCUUCCGUAGUUGAGAGAAGUGUACAGGCACAGUUUCUCGGUUCUUGGUAACUGGAUAAGCCAUCUUUGGACGCAAACUUUGUGCUAAAUCAUCUGUGUCUGAUGUUGACAACUUCAGUGCCGAUGAUGCUGAUGAAAUUGCAAGAAAGAAAAAACAGUUCAAAGAAGCUUGAAAUGAUCGUCUCCAAUCAAAUGUGGCUUCUCGUUUGUCUGUACUUCUCCUUCCUUGAUGAAACAUGAGAGUGGUACCCAUUGUAUCGUUUGAUUGGAAUGAUAUGAUACCCAAUGGUGCUCGUUGUUGGUUGUCUUUUGCCCCUUCUGGGUCUGGGAAGUGUCAAAGAGCUUCAAGGAAGCUGAUGAACAAACGUAGAUAGGUGCGAAUGAAUGGCUUCGAGUUUGAUCGAAUUGGAUGUUGAGUUUUGAAACGAAGGGAGGAGUCAUUAUUGUUGUUGCUGCUGCUGCUGCUGUUGCUGCUUUAGAUUUGCUUGUACGUGGUGGAACUAUGUAGCGAGAGCAAGACCAUAGCUUCUUCUCUUAUUGCCCUGUCGAUAAUCCCUUUUUGUUCCCCUUUAUAAAUACAACUGUUAUUUGACAGUUUUGUUUCUCUGUGUUGGUUAUCUUACUUGAGUGUAAUGAUUACUUGAGAAUUACCGUCC